GAUGUCACAAGCGAAUGCCAGCCCACAGUGGAAGAAAUUCCUACAGUGGAGAAGAGGCUAUUUUUAUUUUUUAUUUUUUAGAAGGCUUCCAUCAAAAUCCGUCUCCAUCGUUCUUGAUUUUGGGAAGGGUGAUAUCAAAAACAGCUAGAACAUAAUCUACACAUUCUAAGCUUUCAGGCAAUAACAAUAUCGUGGUGUUCCGAAGAAAAUAUAGAUAUAAAAGGGAUGGGGAAAGUUGGAUUGUUACAGAAGGAACUUGAUCUUCUGGGAUUCAUGGGGAGGGGGGGCGUCUGAAUAAAGGGGUUUGUAAUUCCAGCAAAGUAAGGUGAUAUUUGGGGUGGUUUGGUAACCAAAAAGAGCAACAACACCAAGGUUUACUUUUUUCUCUCAAGCAACACAUUCUGAAGGUUGCUUCGUAAGAAUAACAUUGAACCAUGGAAUUGAGAGUGGGAAACCGAUACAGGCUGGGCAGGAAAAUUGGAAGUGGAUCUUUUGGAGACAUCUAUUUGGGCACAGACAUCUCAGUGGGAGAGGAGGUGGCCAUUAAACUGGAAUGCGUGAAGACCAAACACCCUCAGCUCCACAUAGAGAGUAAGAUCUACAAGAUGAUGCAGGGAGGAGUGGGCAUCCCGUCCAUAAAGUGGUGUGGAGCAGAGGGAGACUACAACGUGAUGGUGAUGGAGUUGCUAGGCCCCAGUCUGGAGGACCUGUUCAACUUCUGCUCCCGCAAGUUCAGCCUCAAGACUGUCCUGCUGCUGGCUGACCAGAUGAUCAGCCGGAUUGAGUACAUCCACUCUAAGAACUUCAUCCACAGAGACGUGAAGCCAGACAACUUCCUGAUGGGCCUGGGAAAGAAGGGCAACCUGGUGUACAUCAUCGACUUUGGCCUGGCCAAGAAGUACCGCGACGCCCGAACACACCAGCACAUCCCCUACCGCGAGAACAAGAACCUGACCGGCACGGCGCGCUACGCCUCCAUCAACACACAUCUGGGGAUAGAGCAGUCUCGGCGUGAUGACCUGGAAUCUCUGGGUUAUGUCCUGAUGUACUUCAACCUGGGCUCUCUGCCCUGGCAGGGCCUCAAGGCCGCCACCAAGAGACAGAAGUACGAACGCAUCAGCGAGAAGAAAAUGUCCACCCCCAUCGAGGUGCUCUGCAAGGGAUACCCCUCUGAGUUCUCCACCUACCUGAACUUCUGUCGUUCUCUGCGGUUCGACGACAAGCCAGACUACUCGUACCUGAGACAGUUGUUCAGGAACCUGUUCCACAGACAGGGCUUCUCCUACGACUACGUCUUUGACUGGAACAUGCUCAAGUUUACUGCCCCUAAUUCCAAGGGGGCCAACCGUGCUGCAGAGGAGGCGGAGCGGGAGCGGCGGGACAGAGAGGAUAGGCUGAGACACAGCAGGAACCCCGGGGCCAGGGGACUCCCUGCCGCCUCAGGACGACCCCGAGGAACACAGGACACGGCGCCGCCUACACCCCUCACACCCACCUCACACACAGCCAACACGUCUCCACGACCGGUGUCUGGUAUGGAGCGGGAGAGGAAAGUGAGCAUGCGGCUUCACCGGGGAGCUCCCGUUAACGUCUCCUCGUCCGACCUGACGGGACACCAGGACACCUCCCGCAUGUCCACCUCACAGAAUAGCAUUCCCUUCGAUCAUCACGACAAGUAGAGGCUCGCCACGUCCUCGUGUGACGGCCCGAUGGCCACACUAGGUGGUGCCUGGUAUGAUCCCUGGUGGCCUCCACUCUGCAGCGCCUCGAUGAGACAAGACCCACAAUGCACCUGGCACAGCGGAGGACUGCACCAAGCCUGGCUCAACCAAUCAACUGUCAGCCAGCCUAACUACUUCAGAAACCAUCGGAAGACCACCACUUUCCUCUCCUGACCUGGUGUUCUUUGGUUGAUCCUCUCUUUUUCCACACUAGAUCUCUUGUUCCUUUCCCGCUCGCCCUUGCUUCCUUGUACUCUCUCCCGAACACUUGCAAUCGUUGUGAUAAAGAAUCUCUGAACUACAGACCACAUCUGCAACCUUUUUUCUGGGAGACAUUUCCAACGUUGGUGCAGAGGCUGUGGUCUUUGCAGCCAUGGCGAUCUAACAGAUUUAAUUUAGACUGAAACGACAACUGGAUCGACCGCCACCAUUAUCGCCAUGGUUACUACUUAUCAUCCAUAGCACUUUGUCAAUAGACACCAGUUUCUAGUCCCACAGUACAUUACUACAUAACCCUAAUCGAUAAAUCUGAUAUGAAAAGAGCUAAUCGAUAAUUGCAGCUCUAUUUGAAAUGGAUCGUUUUUGGUGACUGCUUUUCAUUUGUACUUAUUUACAGACCUCUUUUCUCUGACCACCAGCAGGCUUUUGUUUUCACAGCCCUGAUCUGUAAUGCUAAAGCCAUUUGUAAUAUAUACUAUUUGCAUGUUUUAACACUGGACAUCCCUUUGACCAAGCUGAUGUGUAUGAGUCAGGUGAAGGGUUUCAACUCUAAACCACAACUGAAGUCUGUUUUCUUUAUGGGGUUCUAUGAUCAACAUCCCUCAAGUUGUAUGUGUAUAGGAGGGGCCCCUGUUAAGGUUUCCUCUUCCCACACUGAGUCAGACUGCCUCCUCAUGGUCUACUGUACAGAUCUACAUUCUCAUUCUGUUAUUUGUAUUGUUUCUAAGCUGUGAAAUUGUAUUUUAAUGAAGAUGUGGAAAUGUUUCAGCUUUUUCCCUUUUUGGUUUCCUUAUUGUGGUGAAUUUGGGUUUCUGACCGUAGGUUUCACUUGGGGCUGCUCUAAAGUAGGAAAUCACUGUCCUAUAAUCAGUCUGUUUUGGGCUGUCAAUCAUUCUCUUCCCAGGCUUUUGCCGUGUCUGUCCACAAAGAUGAAGUGCAGGAUCGUUUUAGUUGGAGUUCCUCAAAUACACCAGAAAUGAGAGCACAUACCCAGACUUAAGUGUCAAAUGGCUGCCAUUUUUAACUAGAAUUUGUUUUGAGUGUGAAUGGAGGUUUUAUAUCAAAGGCUCACAAUUACUUUCUGGCUUCAUGUGAACACUGGCGUUAUUAUUUGUACAUGUUUUGAGAAGUAAAAUGGUCCUGCAUUGAUGUGGCUAGAACCAGUUGACUAAACCUCUGUGAUUACUUAAUCUAUUCCCUGAUAAAUUAACCGAUUUACACUUCUCUUGGGUGGGCUAUGGUCUUGGACGUUCCACUCGAUGGUCGUGUUCCCCUGCUCAGACAUUGCAUGCAUCGACCAGUGAUUGCAUGCCACAUCAUCGAAUGUGCCGUCAGGUACCUGAUUGCAAUAAUGUGGUUAGCUGAUACGUUAAAUACCUAUUAUCGAUGCGUUGUAAGAUCUAGCAUGUGUCGGCAAGGCCUGGGCAGAGUAACACGCCAAAUCUGUACUGGAUCUCAGCAAAGAGUGGAGCAAGAGUUUGGGAUAUUCAAUUCAACCUCUGACGAUUAUUUCAAUCAGCAAGAAGAGAUUUAAGGGUGGGCACAGCUGAACUGUUGCCAUGUUUCAGCUCUAUAUGACUGUUUUAAUGCUGACCUCAUUGACUAGUCAUUUCUGAUUUGACUCAUGGCCAGUUUGGUCAAUCACUGACUCACCCUCUUAUGUGUAAUUAACUAAGCUACCAGCUCUAAGAAUCUCCUAUUUGUGUACUUUUAAAAACUGUAAAUAAAUGAAGUACUUUGUGUA